UCGUACCUUCGCUCAUAAAAUAUAACUAGUAUUCUGGUAUUCAUAAACAACAGGAGUCAGAGAAGCUUUUCUUUACUAUAAACCCAAAAGCAAACUCUUCAAUUCCACUCACUCGUUAAUUCUUAGCUCUCAAUAACAAUGGACGUUUCUUCCAUCAAUGCUUUAUUCUUUCUUUCUUUACUCCUCUUAUUCUCCUCAUCCACAGCCAAAACUCAUUCAAGACCUCGAGCUCUUCUUCUUCCAGUAACCAAAGAUGCAGCCACUAAACAAUACGUCACCGUUAUUCGCCAAAGAACUCCUCUUGUCCCUGUCAAACUAACUAUAGAUCUUGGGCAAAGAUUUUUAUGGGUUGAUUGCGAAAAGGGCUACGUAAGCUCAUCCUAUAAGCCCGUCCCUUGCGAUUCUACCCCUUGCAAACGUUCCUUUUCAGGUGCAUGUGCGGUGGGAAACAAUCAUAGUACUUGUGUCCAUGACCCUUAUAAUCCUUUUAUUCACACCAGCACUGGUGGUGAACUUGCUCAAGAUGUUGUUUCACUCCAAUCAACCGAUGGCUCGAAUCCUGGCCGUUUUAUUGGUUCAGCGCGGCCAGGAGUAGUUUUCGGUUGUGGCGCUACGUUUCUGUUAGAAGGCCUUGCCAAUGGAGUCAAAGGGAUAGCUGGACUUGGAAAUGGCUUCAUUGGACUUCCUUCUCAACUCGCUGAUGCUUUCCAUCUUGAUCGAAAAUUCGCUAUUUGCUUGAGUUCUUCCACAACUUCUAAAGGAGUUAUAUUUUUCGGAAACAGUCCUUAUGUUUUUCUCCCAGAUAUUGAUGUUUCCAAGAGACUUGUUUAUACGCCUCUUCUUAAGAACCCUGUUAGUACUUCCGGGUCUUAUUUUAGAGGGGAACCUUCAAUGGAAUACUUUAUUGGAGUCAAAUCCAUUAAAAUUAAUGGUAAUGUUGUUCCAAUUAACACAACAUUGUUGACAAUCGCCAAAAAUGGUAUUGGAGGAACCAAAAUCAGCACUGUUGAUCCUUACACAAAAUUGGAGACUUCGAUUUACAAUGCUUUUACAAAGGCGUUUGUGAAAUCGCUUGCUAAGGUUGCAAGGGUGAAAUCUGUGGCUCCUUUUAGAGUGUGUUAUAAUAGCACGAGUUUGGGAAGCACUCGUGUUGGUCCUGGUGUUCCACCAAUUGAACUGGUUUUGGGAAGCAAUAAAGAUGCUAAAUCUUGGACUAUUUGGGGUGUGAAUUCAAUGGUGGUUGUGAAUAAUGAGGUGCUCUGUCUUGGAUUUGUGGAUGGCGGAUUUGAACCUACCACCUCUAUAGUCAUCGGAGCUCAUCAAAUUGAAGACAACCUUUUGCAAUUUGACAUUGCUAACAAAAGGAUGGGCUUUAGUUCUUCACUCUUGUUUAGCCGAACAACAUGUGCCAACUUCAAUCUUACAUCCAAGGCUUGAUGAUCUUCCCAAAAACAAGUGCGCCAUUUGGGAAUUUUAGAUCUAAUAAGUACUACGAGUAUUUAGUCUUCUGUCAAAGGGUGGAUCGAGUUUGUCCAAAAUAUAUGAUUCGAUCCAAAAUAAAUCAUUUUGUUGCUGUGUGUCUAAUGGUCAAUCGCCAAAUGAAUGUUUACAUGUCUUGAGUAGAUUUACUUUGCUGAUGAAGGACUAUAAUUUCUUGUUGAGAAAUGAGAAUAUUAAUUGGUGUUGUUGAACAAUAAACUGAUAGUGUGGAGUGCCAGAAAUGGCCAAGGUACAUGUUUUUAA